AUGUCUUUUCAUGCAUAUUUACGAAAAGUGCAAAUUUAUUCCACCUCUAGAGGAACCAGAUUUCUGCACCUUGAUCAGAAGCUUGGAUAUUUAUAUCGAUGGCAUGAACCUAACCCUGAUGUUCCAUUAGACAUAAAAGCAGUUGUAGCGGUGAUUUAUGAGCCACCACAGGAACACCAAACGGAUGGUUUAAGUCUCAACCUCCCAUAG